CAAGCUGCACCACAAAUUUACCUUGGAACAACAAGAACGAACAACCGCUCUCUCUGGUACUCCCAAUUCCCAAAUUCAUCACGAACGUGAAGCCGUGAAGGCUCAGAAUUCAGCAAUGCGUCCCAGCAGCAGCUCGUUGCUACUCCUCCCAAUCUUGGCCUCCCUGCAGCAACUGGCAACCGCCGCCACCAACGACGCAGGCUGCCCGCCAGCGACAUGCGGGAACCUGACCUUGGCAUACCCGUUCUGGCUGGCCGGCGGCCAGGAGGACCAGCAGCCAUCCUGCGGCCCGCCGGCGUUCCAGCUCACUUGUCACAACAACGGGUCUGCUUUCCUGAGGACCUCUUACAUGAAAGUCCUCAACGUCGACUACGGCAGCCGGUCCCUCGUCGCCGUCCACGCUCUCCUGGCCGCCGAUGCCGCCUGCACCGUCAUGUUCAACGUCUCCUCCGCCUUCGCCAUCACGGACCGGUACAGGAUCAGCCGGAGCAACCGGGAGCUCUACGUGCUGUCCAGGUGCAGGGAGAGGCGCCCACCGCCCGGCGCCGUCCCGGUCGCCAACUGCAGCGCCACCAGCAGCGGCAUGUACGCCUACCUCGGCGGGAGGUAUGGCACGGCCCAGCCGCCGGCGAACGAAGGGAGCUGUGAGAUCUCCAUGUUUCCGGUGAUCGCGUCGGAGGCGACAACGGCGGAGAAUUAUAGGCGGCUCAUCAAGGGCGGGUUCCUGUUGGAGUGGGAGCCCGUCGGCGACUGCAAAGCCUGCACGGCGAGUGGCGGCCGGUGCCGCUAUGACUCCAGCACGGCGGCAUUUGUGUGCCUUUGCUCCGACGGUGGCCUACGCGCUUCGACUUGCGAUGGCAAGCAUAAAAGAAAGACCCUCACUUUGAUAGUUUCUCUGUCGGUUGCGGCUGUCUUAAGUUUGGCAUGUCUUGCUUGGCUGGUGUAUCGUCGGAGGAGAAAAAUCAGAUCAACAAUCUCCAAAAUUUACUCUAGCAAUACAUCCAAUGUAGAAGAAAUGUUAAGAAAAUGUGGAUCUCUUUCUCUGAAGAAGUACAAGUACUCAGAGCUGAAGAAAAUAACGAGGUCAUUUGAGGACGAGCUAGGAGAAGGUGGAUAUGGUGUGGUAUACAAAGGAAGCCUGAAGGAUGGCAGAAUGGUUGCAGUGAAGCUCCUGAAAGGAUCAAAAGGCAAUGGAGAAGAUUUUCUGAAUGAAGUCAUGAGUAUCGGCCAGACUUCUCAUGUUAACAUUGUCAGCCUACUCGGUUUCUGUUUAGAGGGGUCUCAGCGAGCGCUUAUCUACGAAUAUAUGUCCAAUGGUUCUUUGCAGAAGCACAUUUAUUCAGAGAGUUCAAAAUUGGCCAUUGGAUGGGAGAUGUUCCUGAAGAUCGCGAUCGGUAUUGCACGAGGGUUGGAGUAUCUACACCAGGGUUGCAAUACCCGCAUCAUCCAUUUCGAUAUCAAGCCUAACAACAUCCUGCUAGAUCAUGAGUUCUCUCCCAAGAUUGCAGAUUUUGGUCUGGCAAAGCUAUUCCACCUCAAGGACAGCGUCCUUUCAAUGGCUGAAGCGAGAGGAACAAUUGGUUUCAUUGCCCCUGAAGUGUUCUCUAGAGGUUUCGGAGUUGUCUCGACAAAGUCAGAUGUUUAUAGCUACGGGAUGCUCCUCCUAGAAAUGGUCCAAGGGAAGAAAGAUCUGAAAAGAAAUGUAGGCAGCUCUAGUGAAACAUUUUUUCCACAUUGGGUUCAUGACCGUUUGGUGAGGGAUCUUCAGGGAUCUUGUGAAGUCACGCAAGGAACUGAAGAAAUUGUAAGGAAGAUGACCAUGAUUGGAUUGUGGUGCAUACAGAUGACCCCUGAAAACCGCCCUUCCAUGAGCAGGGUUAUAGAGAUGUUGGAGAGGAGCAUCAAUGAAUUGGAGAUGCCACCCAAGCCGUUCCUCUGCUCUCCGUUACACUCGACAAAUGUUUCAUCCUAUGCAUCCGUCCAAAUUGAGAUGUCUUCACCAGCCUUCAUCGGAACUACUGAAUGCGUGAUGCCUCAAGCCUUAUUGCUCAUCCUAGUACAGUCGUUCUUGCUGGCAGCCUCUUUGUUCCUCCUCGUAAUCCCUUGCCACCGCGCCCACGCCGAGUGCGAGCCAGUGGCGUGCGGCAGCCUCGCCGUCAUCAGGUACCCGUUCUGGCUCGGUGCUCCCGGUCAGUCCCCACCUGAUCCAGCCUGCGGCCACCCUUCGUUCGAGCUCUGGUGCAACGGCGAUGGCGCCAGCGCCUCGGCUUCCAUGAGGGGCUCCGCCAUCAACGUCCUCCGCAUCGACUAUAACGCCAGCAGCUUCGUAGCCUCCCACGCCAGGAUCGCUGCCGGCGAUGACGGCGUGUGCCGCGCCGACUUCAACAUGUCGUCCAGCCUCGCCCUCAGCCCCUUCAAGACCAGCCCCACCAACCGCGCCCUCUGCUUCCUCCGGGACUGCGUUAACGGCACUGAGCCCACCGGCAUCGGCAGCAGGUAUGUGAAUGCCACCAGCAGCUGCAGCGGCGGCCCAAUCUAUGCGUAUCUCGGCGGGAGCUACGACCGGGACACGCCGCCGGCGAUCCACACGGGGAGCUGCAGGUACACGUACCUGCCCGUGCUGGGGACGGAGGCAGAGGGCGUGACGGGUGCAGACUACGGACGGCUGCUGAAGAGUGGGUUCAUGCUGGAGUGGGCGGGCACCGGUGUCGGAGCCGACUGCCCUGGCUGCGUCGCCAGCGGCGGGCAGUGCCGGUACCGCAGCGAGACUGCAUCGUUCUUGUGCCUCUGCCCCGGCGGGGAGCUGCGCAGGUCGACAUGCGACAGUAGUAUGAAGGGUACGAUUGGCAGGAACAUAAUACUAUUAGUUUUGACAUCAGCAGGUGCAGCCUUGCUCUCUACAAGUAUUUAUGUGCUGAUACGGCGUAUGAAGGAGAAAAGACUAAGGUUUCUUCUUUGCACGAAGACUAGUAGCAGCACUGAAAGGAAUUAUGAGGCCAUGAUAGUAUCAUAUGGAUCUCUAGCUCCAAAAAGAUACGUGCACUCAGAGGUAAUGAAGAUAACUUCUUCUCGCAACAAUCAGCUUGGUCAAGGUGGUUAUGGUGUGGUUUUUAAAGGAAGGCUACAUGACGGUCGUCAGGUUGCUGUGAAAUUCUUGCACGACUGCAAAGGGAAUGGUGAGGAGUUUGUAAAUGAGGUUAUGAGCAUUGGCAGGACAUCUCAUGUUAAUAUUGUUAGCUUGUUUGGAUUUUGCUUGGAGGGAUCAAAGCGAGCACUUGUAUAUGAGUACAUGCCCAACGGUUCCUUGGAUAAGUACAUUUACUCAGAGAAUCCCAAAGAAAUUUUAGGAUGGGAGAGGCUCUAUGCGAUAGCGAUCGGGAUUGCUCGUGGGCUAGAAUACUUGCACCACAGCUGUAAUACACGGAUCGUCCAUUUUGAUAUCAAACCUCAAAAUAUCCUUCUAGACCAGGAUUUUUGCCCAAAGAUUGCCGAUUUUGGUCUAGCUAAACUGUGCUGUACCAAGGAGAGCAAGCUGUCAAUGACUGGUGCUAGAGGAACAGUUGGAUUCAUUGCUCCAGAAGUUCACUCGCGAACCUUCGGAAUUGUGUCAACAAAGUCAGAUGUUUAUAGUUAUGGAAUGAUGUUGUUAGAGAUGGUUGGAGGCAGGAAAAAUGUGAGAUCACUGGCUGAAAAAUCCAGCGAAAAGUAUUUUCCAGAUUGGAUUUAUGACCACUUUGCUCAGGACGAUGGACUACAAGCAUGUGAAGUUACAAGUGACAUGGAGGAAAUUGCAAGAAAGAUGACUUUAAUUGGCUUGUGGUGCAUACAAGUAUUACCUGCAUAUCGCCCUACUAUAACCAAAGUUCUAGAAAUGUUCGAGAAAAGCUUAGAUGAUAUGAACAUGCCACCAAAGCAAAACUUCUGUGAACUACUUGAAAAUUCAGCUGACAGUAUGAGUGUGCAAAGUGCUAGUUCUACGAGACCUGAGGAGAUGAGGCUUGUAAAUUCAAAAAUCCUACAAUGACGCAUGCUAACUCAGUCAUUGACAGCUUGCUAGGAUAUAUUUACAAAUUAAACAAGCGCGACAGACAUUGGCAUUGUAUCACAUAACAUAUAAAAUUGCUACUGCACGACCGGCUGCAAAUUUCAAUGGAGAGAAGCAAAUCAGAGGUGGUCUGGUUUAAAUCAAAAUUUUGGAUGAAUCGGUGCACAAGGACCUCGCAAGAUCAGCCAUAAUAUAUGCCUCUUUGAGCUGUAGUAGCGUGGGAGAAGCAAAAGGUGGCUAUCUGCAAGGAGGCGAGAAGAGAAGGUGGCAAGAGGACUGGCACGAAGAUAAUACUAAUAGUUUUGACAUCAGCAGCUGCAGCCUUGCUCUCCACAUGUAUUUAUGUGCUGAUAUGGCAUAGAAAGGGGAAAAAGAUACGGUUUCUUCUCUGUAAAAAGA